AUGGCGCUGCGUCCACGAGCUUCCUCUCAGCCCGGAAAACUUUCCUUCUUCCAGAGUCCCAAGGUGGCUUCAGCCCUUCGACCACGGGCUGUUUCCUCUCGUUCCGGCUCCAUGCUGGAAGAGGAGCUGUCGUGUCCUGUCUGUUGUGAGAUUUUCAAGGACCCUGUGGUGCUCAAGUGCAGCCACAGCUUCUGCCGAGACUGUCUGCAGCAGUUCUGGAACAAGAAGAAGGCCAGGCGUGAGUGUCCCAUCUGCAGGAGGAAGUGCUCCCUGACUGAGCCCACAGUCAGCCUGGCCCUGAAGAACGUGGCCGACACCUUCCUGAGAGAACAGGAGCGCAGGAUGGGUGCAGGAGGGACAGGGAGUGGAGAACAACCAGAGAUGAUGGAGGAGACGUGCAUCACACAUGGGGAAGUUAUCAAGCUUUUCUGUCUGGAUGACUUUGAAGUUCUCUGCUGUGUUUGUCACACCUCUAAAAAACACCAGGGACACCGAGUUUGUCCUUUAGAAGAGGGAGCUCAAGACCUUAAGGCAGAGAUGAAGAAGGAGCUGAUCCCUCUGAAGAAACACCUGCGCUGCCUCUAUGAAGCCAAGCAGGAGUGUGAUGACACAACUGUGCACAUCAAGAAUCAGACACAAGCCACAGAAAAACAGAUCAAAGAGGAGUUCGAGCAGCUGCGGGAGUUUCUGCAGCAGGAGGAGGCGGCUCGACUCAUCGCGCUGCAACAGGAAGACGAAGAGAAGAAAGACCUGGUGAAAAGGAAGUCAGACAGCAUCACCAGCGGUAUCCUCACCUUCUCUCAUGCCAUCAUCGCCAUAGAGAAUGAGAUUGCCUCUAGUGAUGGCCACUUCCUUAAGAAUUAUGCCAACACGAAGAAAAGAGCCCAGAUCCAGCAGAAAGAUCCAGAAAAGGUGUCAGGUGCUCUUAUAGAUGUGGCAAAGCAUGUGAGCUCCCUUAAAUACCAUGUGUGGGAGAAGAUGGUGGAUCUUGUUCACUAUACACCCAUCACCCUGGACCCCAACACUGCCUACUCCUGGUUAUCCCUCUCCACAAACCUUACCAGCGUGACAAACAGCGGCUCUCUGAAGAAGCUCCCAGACAAUCCUGAACGUUUUGGCCACUUUGUGUUUGUGCUGGGCUCAGAAGGCUUCACUUCAGGACGCCACGCCUGGGAGGUUGAGGUGGGCGACAAGGCAGACUGGAUGCUUGGUGUUGUCAAGGAGUCAAUCGACAGGAAAGGCCGCAUCUCCGGCUGUCCCGAGGGUGGCUUUUGGAUGAUAUCACACUAUGAGGGUGAAUACUCAGCCAUGACGAGGCCCAGCACCACUCUGCAUCUGACGGAUGAGCUGACCCGAGUCAGGGUGCAGCUGGACUAUGACUCUGGAGAGGUGACUUUCUCCAACCCUGUCAGCAUGACACCCAUCUACACCUUCAAUGACUUCUUCACUGAGAAGAUGUUCCCUUUCUUCUGCCCUGGUGCCAACAUUAAUGGGAAUAACCCCAAACCUCUUAAGAUCUGCACAGUCAAGGUGGCGGUGUGGAACAGCGCCACAUGGUGAUCU